UCUGCAGUACGGACGUGUUUUUGCGCUUUCUGGGAAGGUUUUUCUGGUGUGGUGCCUGCUAUUUUUUAUGGACUUGUAGCGAAUAAACAGAUAGUAAUUGUAAUUGUAAUUUAUUAAUUAUACGAGGGCCUGUUAGUUAUACUUUACAUCAGGUCAAGGAAGAUACUUAGUUAGAAUACAGAGGAAAAUUAAUCAAAUUUCAAGUACGCCCUUAAUCUAGUCUGUACCGAUCAGUUUCUCCUAAGUGAUUGCUUAAAUGAUAGUAAAUAGGUAAAGGAAUAAAGUGCAACGGCGCGGAAGGUACAUAAACGUAAGUUGGUACCGGCAGUGAGAGCGAGUUUUGGGUGAUAACAAGACGCGGAUAGUUAAUAUAAAACAAAGGAGGCGAUGAAAAUCGUUCUAUCAAAUCGGAGCAAAUAAAUAUAUACCUACGGUUCGACAGCGAUGUCGGUUUUGGUGGAGCGGGGCCUGUUUGUGGCCAAAAUUGGAAGAAAAUUUGUUGUUGUUUUGAGGUGUGUGAAUGGAGUGGAAGAAAAAUAGUAGUAUCGAUGGUAGUGCUAAGUGGAACCGAUAGUGAAAUUGGCAUUGGUGCAACGAAAAAGGCGUAAUCCAGAUUCCAGCGGAUUUCGAAGAAUCAGACCAAUCUUUUCUUUUAAUUUGAACCUGACUAAUCUGAGUCACUAAUCGAAAUUCAACGGAAUAAUUUCUAUUUAUUGGAUAUCUCGCUUAGACGUUUAUUUUUUGAAAUGUAAACCAAUCAGUCACAGAUAAACACAACGACCAAUCAACGCUCCAUAUGUCUCCCAUACCAUAUACAACAAGGCUGCGAAAACGCUCGCGACGAAAUUAACAAAAGAAGAGAAAUGUUUAUAAUUUUUUGCGUUGGAUGCGCGUUAAACAUGGUGAUGAUUCAUAAUGCGUGAAAAACCUGAUCAUCAAUUGUCUGCUGGUGAUUUCCGUGUAAAUGAUACCUAGCUUCGGUUAUGCGGAAUCAAAACAAAAGUGAUCAUCGAGAGUUUGAAAUUGUGAAUUAGAGACAACUGUAGUGUAAAAUAGCCAACCGUAGUUUCAAAGUGCCCUUCUUAGUGAAAAUUUUCAGUUUUUUGCGAUAGUGAAGUAAUAGGUUUCCGUUGUCGCGAUGAGCUAAUCAUCCUGUCUAGAUUGUACAGCGUAUCAAUAUUCUAGAAGUACGCCUCGAAUGCCAAAUGGAUUAACCUCAGUCGCCAUUUUCUACUGUUUCGGAGUGCAAGAGGAGUUGGAUUUCGUACCACAAUGGCCAACUACUUCGUCUGUUUGGUGAUUCAGCGAUUAGUACUACCGCUCAUUCUGGCAAUUUGUUGCCUGAUGAGACCGGUAGGACUAUCGCUUCCGUAUUUGCUCUUCCUACUUUGUCUACCAUUUGUGCCAGUAGCUAUGCCAAGAAGUAUAAAAGGUUCCACUGGAGUCUUUUUUAAGAUAUACAUAACAAUCAGCAUAUUGCUGUUAUUGGGGCAGAUUGCCUUCCAAAUAGUGUUUGUAGCACUCGGGUACCAACUCGUCGACUCAUGCCAAUUUUGGGAAAUUCUCCUCCGUCACAUCGGUCUGGUGAAGUUCGACGAACUAGAUGCGUCGAUGGUUGUUUACUGGAUCUCGCCGGAGAUCAUUAUGAGCUUCACGGCUGUCAUCGUGUUCAUAAUACUGAGUAAGUUGGCUGCAGGGGAUAUCGGAUCCGAACAGGAUCCCAACAGUCCGACAUCGUUAGAAGCGCCAGAAAUGCUUUCCGUGCGUUUCGAAACCAGCUCAGUGAGUCGAGAAAAACUGGCAUUCCUCACGAAAUUUGGAGUGCUGCUUAGCGUAGCAAUGUUGUGCUUGGCGGCUGUGUUGCAACCCUCAGUUCCCAGUGGGAUCUAUUUUGUAAUAUUUUUGGGAUCAGCCACGUGGUGGGCCUGUUACAAAGAAUUAAACAGAGCUUUUGGAAUAGUUUUAAGGAUAACAAUGGUAUUUUUAAUUAUACACAUCACCGGGUUGCUGGCAUAUCAGAAUCCAUGGCCUCAACAGCUGUUACCGGCAAACGAAACGCUCGCACGAAUAUUUGCACUGACGCCCAUAUUGUCCUCGACGUGUGACAAUAUUACCGACAUUCGCGACGUAUACUUCAACGGCGAUUUAGGCUCGGAUUAUUAUUUCAACCCGAUUGUACUUAUGAUCUGUUACUAUUGUAUAUCAAUCACCUCAUCACUUCUUAUGAGACCAAGAAUAACGGAAAAGGAGUACAAACGCCAGGAACUCUUCUACCAGCUCGAAAGUGGAGUCCGUCUUCAGCGGCAGAUUUCAUUUCGCAUGAAUAGAAAAAAUAUCCUUCGCAAGACACUGACCAGCGAUCGGUGGCGUGGAGCUGCGCGAAAGGCGGACAAAUCUAGGCGAGUAUUAGUGGUCGUUCCAUCGUCUACUCAACCGGCACCGUCCGAAGCUCCGGACGAGCGAACACCUCUGAUGCGUGGUGGAACACGAAGGGUACGAGAUGCUUCCACGUCCGAUGCGCAGAACUCAAUUCCCAAUGAUAGCAUAGCUAUGCAUACGAUUGGCCGUAAACAUUUUUCAGAAGAAGACGAUUCAACGAGCUUUUUUGAGCAGAUUAUGAUUGCCACCGGGAACGUGGCCAGCUUUAUUUACAAGAACAGUUACAUUUUCACCAAUGUGAUCAUGAUGACGUGGAGUAUAAUGUAUCACAGUUGGUUGACCUUUGUCCUGCUCAUUUGGGCCAAUUUAAUCUGGAUUAUGCCAAAUCAGCGGAAGAACAUGCUGAACUCUAGUCCCUUCCUAGUCAUCUACGCCGAACUUUUGCUGCUGGCUCAGUAUCUGUACGGAAUGAAGCUCACCGAUGACGAGCUGCCGUCCACCGUCAAUAUAACCGGCAUUAAUCUUGCUCAGAUUGGGCUACUGAAGUAUCGUGACUAUCCAUGUCUACCACUAAUGAUAAAAUCACUGUUCACCACUAUGUUCUGGAUCUCACUGCGGCAGAUGAUCCAGGAAAGGCAAAUGGAACGGCGAACUUCGGCAAUCGCUGACUUGGCUGCUCCGCUGCAGGUGACGGUAGGUGCUGCGACAACGGCAGCCUCCAGAGCCGAAGCUAAGCGACUGCCAGACAAGAAAUCUUCUGCUUUCAUAACACGUGCCGGGACAUUGAUCAAUUCGUUCUUGAUCAAAUUUUGGAUUUGGGUUGUCGCAAUAACGCUCUUCCUAUCCGGUAUGACAGGGAACCGUAUGACCGGAUUCCGAAUAAUUUAUAUGGCUUUGUUUUUGAUAUUUGUGCUCACAUUCCAGUUUUCUUUCAAAAUCUGGCGCAAAAUGAUGUACACAUUUUGGCUGACGGUCAUCGUAUAUUCCAUGUCCAUCCUAGUGCUAGUAUACACCUACCAAUUUGAUAAGUUCCCACUUUACUGGACUGAAUACCUCAAGAUAUCGGAUACGUUGCAAAAAGAUAUCGGCCUAGAAUUGUACGAGACCAAACAACUCUUCCUUCAUCUGGUCAACCCAACCAUGAUAGUCAUCAUCACCGUCAUCCAACUUCAUUAUUGCCAUAGAAAGUUUCUGGAAAUUUCAGAAAUUCCCAUCGUCCAAGAAAGUGACGUUCCUCUGAUUUCGGAAACCAGUUCCGCCUACGGAACGUUCGCGAGGCGGAAAAAGCACAGCAGCAUGACUGAUGCUCCACCGAUAGAGAAAGAUCCGGAGGAAGACAACGAAAAUACAAAACCGUCGAAGAAAGAUAACUUAGAUACUACGUCGGAAAUACUAGAGGAUCUCCGCUUCCGGAAACUUUCUAAACACGAAAUCAGAGGAUUCGCUCAAAAACUGAUCAGUCGGCUAUCGGAAGUCGCCGAAAUAGUGUGGUUAUUUUCCGAAAUUCACCUAUUGAAGAUCAUAUUGAUCGUUGCGUUCUCACUGAGUGUCAAGACGGUUAGCUUUCUGCAUUUAUUAUACAUUUUUAUGACGGUGUUUGCGGUUAAAUCACACACCAGUUCGCUUGUUAUGAUCACCCGGAUAAUGUCGUUAAUUUCGUCCAUUUUUCUGAUCACAACCAUGAUGUAUCAAGUAGACUACAUCAACGAAAACAAUUAUAUAAGUAAUUGUUCAAACAUAAAUUUAACUAUAACGCACAUGGAAAUGAACAAUGCGAAAUGGAUUGGUUUCCAGAAAACGAGUGCAAUCAGUAGUCUGUUGGAUUUAGUGCGACCAUAUCUGAUUUAUAUCAUCGUGGUAACGAUCCACGCUGUUGUUGUGCUACGCCAAACUAUCCGUCGGAUACGACUUGGGCGAUCGCCACGAACUCCUCAUUUAAUGUUCCCGAACGUGACAAGAAUGGAUGCCGACAAGGACAUUCCACAAAUGCUGAAAUUCUUGUUCAAUUAUGGAUUCUACAAAUUCGGAGUGGAAAUCUCGCUCGUUUCAUUGAUAGUAGUAAUCGCCUCCAGGAUGGAUAUCUUCUCCUGUUUCUACGCUGUUUGGGUUUGCAUAAUGUUUCACAUGACACGCGAAAGUCUGCGAAAGGUGUGGCAAGUCAUCACCUGGUUUAUAGUCGUCCUGAUACCGUUGCAGUAUGUUAUCUUCAUAGGGCUUCCUCCGGUGCUGUGUGUUGAUUAUCCGUGGGAUAUUGAAUUUUUGGAUCACUUCCGGAUAUGGGCAAUGCUACCGGAGAAUACCGAAGAAUUCCGGGCGCAGGCGUCGAAAAUGGUAGCCGAUUUUUUGCUACUGAUGUUCCUCUGUCGACAAACGCUAGUGUUUCGUAUCGAAGCUCGCUAUUCUUCCUGCCCGAACGAUUUCGGCGGUGGCAGCAACAAGUCGGUGCUGGACGAUAUCGACUCGCUGGGUACGGUUCCAUUCACGAAUCCAACGCCGGAUUUUAUUGCCAAAGUGAGAAACUGGUUGGACGUGGUGAAACGAGGAGCGUUUCUGGUGUUUUUCUGGUUUACGUUGGCGAUUGUGUUUCUAACUGGGUCCAGUCGAGUUACAUUGUUCUCGAUAGGGUAUCUGAUAGGAUCGUUUACCUUCCUAUGGCAGGGUACGGAUUUCUACCUUCGGCCGAUCAGAACGAUUUUGAAAAGUUGGAACAUGCUCAUUGGUUACAACGUGUUUGUGAUAACUACGAAAACACUGCUUCAGAUGGUAGGAUGCCUAUGCCUGACGGAACUUACGACGAAUAACUGUUGGCUGGUGCAAUUAUUCGGAAUAUCGUGCCUAUCCUCUCAAGGAGAACGACCGGCGGAAAGUCCGACUGACCUGAAUCAGGAUACCGAUCGAUGCAACGUGCCUUACGAUGAUUCCGGCCUGUUCUGGGACGGAGUCUGUUUUGCUUUUCUUUUGCUGCAAAGACGAAUAUUCGCUAGUCACUACUUCUGUCACAUUAUCAACGAGACGAAGGCUAGUACAAUUCUGGCUUCCAGAGGAGCGGAGUUAAUUGAGGAGCUUCGAAUCAAAGAUGUCAAGCUAGAAAUUGAACGCGAGAGUCAAAUUCUGCAAAAGAUCAAAAUGAAGAUGGAUCGUAUCAAAGCUACACAGCAGAAGAUACUGGAGCCAGUGCAUGAUCCGACCACCCACGCCAAAGAACAAGAUGGUGAGCGUAUGGCACGCACUCAUAGUUUGUCGUCAUAUGCAGGCUACCAUACACCAAUCGAGGAUGAAAUCGCUGGAGGUUCAAUGAUAAUCGAAGGCGAGGGAAUUCCGGAUAUUCCCUCUGAUAAUGGAGGACUGACCGUUGGUAGGGGAUCCUAUCAUACACAGGCACCAUCACCCAGCUCUGCACUGAUGACUGUUUCACUGGACGCUUAUUUGGAUCCACAACGCAUGUCUUUCGAAUCACCGAACGAGUUAUUAGCAAGGGUUUGCAGUCCAGAUGAUACGUUUCCAGUAUUUUCACCUCCACCGUGCGAGAAGGAACAACCGGCUUUAGUAAUUCAAACUACAAACACUUUAUUGCCCCCAAAUAAAACCGCAAUGCAAACUCGUCAACAUCGCCGACAAUCUAGUUUAAACGUAGUGUCCUGGCCUAGCCCCAAUGAACUAACAGUUAGCCCAAGGCAGCGUCGCCUUUCAAAUAAUCUAGCUCCAGGAGAACUCCCUUUCCAGGAUAGUGUAGAUCAGGCUCCGACACCACGAUCACCGCGUUCGCCCCGCCCAACCCUACGCCACCAGCACCGUCGUCAGUCCAGCAUGGGCACAUCGAUUGCACCGGAAGAACUGACCGUUGAUCCCAGUCGCAGGCGAUCCAGUUUUCUGGUUUCUCUCUUCGUUGACGACGAUACCACCCGGUAUGAUGAUAUGACUGCCACGGGAGCGGCCAGAAAACGUUCUCGUGCUCGUAGCUUCUGGGGUCCUGUCGGGGAAGCCGGUUUUCGGGAUUCAAUUCGCUCGGCAAGAUCCCGUUCGCCACUUUCGCAUCAUGAGUAUUCCCGGCCCCCACGACCGAGCCUGUGGCGCAAAAUUUCGGAGAACAGAUCAGCGGCUAUUCGGUCCGGCGAUUAUUACAUGUUUGAAGACACAGAGCAUGAGUUUGAGUUGGACCUGAUGCAACCACGAGAUUCCGACGAGGACUACACCACAGCGGAACGUCGCAUGAACCGCAAACAUCUGACGCUCGGAAAGUUGAUAGCGAAAAUCAAAGAGCAAAACGAAUUGGAAGCGCAAAAUCAGGAGGCAGAAGUAUCAGCGACAAAGACAACCGCCGAUCCAGGGGGAACCGCUGGAACACCGGUUGUCCGACGCAAAUCAUCACCCGUUUUGCGGCGAGCAUCAUUCAUCCGCGAUCGUGAACCAACUGACCGGACCGGGACAGCGGCCACGGAUCGUUCCGCCAUUUCCGAACCAAUUCCACGCCAUACUCAUUUUGAUCAGAGCCGGUUGAAGCGUGACACCGACACCGAACAACCGGAUGGGCAGAAACCGAGCACGAGUAAAGAUCCGAGACCACAACAAACCACUGCGGAAGAGGAAGCUCGCCUGAUCAGUGAUGAUGAGGAUGGGGAAGAGGAAGAACGGAUUGAUGAACCGAAGAAGUCGAGAUUAUCCUUUACCGGCUUGCAUCUGGUAGUAGCGUUUAUAGCGGGUGCAAUUGGUUCGUUGACAUUACGCUUGCAUCGUGUAUCUAGAAGCUACCGGUACGUGAUGAAAGUGUUGGCCAAGGAAAAGAAAACUUUGAAGGAAACACCUGGGUUUGGAGCGGGCAUGAGAACCGGUACCAGUAUGGUGUGGACUCCUAUUCAAGGUGCAGUGCGAUCGGGAAAUAGUUCGCGUUCUGGUGCUAGUAGCGGUAGUGUCAAAUCCUGCGCUGGAACACCAAUACAAAGUAGAGUUGCUUUGAGCCGUAGUUCUGUAAACAGUAGUAGAAGUUCAUUGCGUAUAGCUACCGAUCAACAACAACCACAUUCUUUGCCACAGCUAUCUGUACUACCACCACCACGAACCUCAUCAAUUAGCUCAUCAAAAGCUGUGACUAUUGCAGACAGCCACGAACAAACAUCUCCCGCUACAUACGCCGAUCAGUAUAUUCCUACGGAUGAAGGCAAAUCGACCGAAGCCAUGGACAUCAUCGAUAAAGCUCCGGAGGACGACAUCUCGGAAGAGGAUUUUGCCAGUCAGGAGCACACGGUGGUGGUAGAAUUUUUACAAGCAGCCUGGUACGCAGUACUUUCUCACACCGAUUUCAUCUGCUAUUUUUUGGUGUUCUUAAAUCAGAUCAAAUCAGCUAGUCUUCUGUCGCUACCGUUACCUUUAAUGGUGACACUGUGGGGAACUUUGACUUUUCCGAGACCGUCGAAAAAUUUUUGGGUUACCCUGAUCGCCUAUACGCAGACCGUUGUGAUACUGAAAUGUAUCUGUCAGUUUGAAAUGCUCUGGUGGAAUCAAAACCCGAUUCCUCCGAACCAGCCGUUCAGUCCUGCCAGAAUAAUUGGAAUUGAGCAGAAGAAAGGUUACGCCACUUACGAUCUAGCGCUAUUGCUGGUGCUGUUCUGUCAUAGAUUUAUCCUCAAGUCAUUGGGACUGUGGAAAUCGGACUUUGUCGAAGAACCCGGUGCCGACGAAGGUUUCUACAAACUGGACACUAGUGAUGAAAAGACUAAAGCUCUUAUCGAGUCUGCUGAAGAAUUAGAUAAACACAGGGAGUCACUGACUAUCCGACAAGGUGAUAUCACCGAGCUGAACAUGGUGAAAAUCGAGGAAGGAGCCGAGCGGAACGUACCGAACGAAACGGGCAAUGGAACGGCGCUAGUUUGCAUUACCCACCACAGCGAAGAUGCCGAAAAUUACUUCCCCCAAAUUGUGAAGCAUUCGUUCCAAAAAUAUACUGCUUCGGUGAAAGCUUUCUUCAACCAGCUACUCGAUAGGCAAUCGCGCAAGACAGCCGACGUGUACGGAUACUUGUUCUUAUGCGACUUUAUAAACUUUUUUGUGAUCCUAUUUGGAUUUUCGGCUUUUGGAACACAGGAAGGAGACGGUGGAGUCCUGUCAUAUUUCGAGGAAAACAAAGUGCCAAUGACAUUCCUUCUGAUGUUAAUAAUCCAGUUCUUCCUAAUCGUGGUAGACCGUGCUCUUUACUUGCGGAAGUACAUGGUGGGCAAAAUCCUGUUCCAGUUCUUCCUUAUUAUUGGACUGCACAUUUGGAUGUUCUUUGUGUUACCAGCCACAACCGAACGAAGCUUUAACGCAACCAAUCCACCGGUUUACUACUACCUCAUCAAGUGUUUCUAUCUACUGUUUUCAGCUUAUCAAAUACGGUGUGGCUAUCCAGCAAGAAUUUUGGGCAAUUUUGUCACGAAAGGAUUCUCCAUGAUUAACCUUACCGGGUUCAAACUGUUCAUUACCAUACCGUUCCUAUUCGAGCUGCGUACCUUAAUGGACUGGAUUUGGACCGACACGUCCAUGACUUUGUUUGAUUGGCUAAAAAUGGAAGAUAUAUUCACCAAUGUUUACCAGAUGAAGUGCAUGCGUGAGCUGGAGGAAGAUUUGCCAGCUCCUAGAGGGCAAAAGAAAGGAUCGCUUGUGAAGUAUCUCAUGGGAGGCGGCAUGAUGUUUGGAAUUAUUUUACUUAUUUGGUUCCCAUUGGCUUUGUUCGCUUUCAGCAACACCGUUGGCGAACCAAACCUUCCGUACGAUGUUUCUGUCACACUUCGCAUCGGUCCCUAUGAGCCCGUAUACAUAAUGUCCGCACAGGACAAUAACAUUCAUGGCCUCAACGAUGACCAGUGGGAGAAGUUUAUGCUCCCGUAUUCAAAAGAUAAAACCGCACUUACCUUCCUAUCCAACUAUGAACCGGUGGACGUGGCUGCAGUUAAACUGGGCGCUAAUUCUACCUCAAUUUGGAACAUUUCCCCUCCGGACAAAGCUCGGUUGCUGAACGACCUUAACACUACUUCGACACUAACCUGUCGGUUCCGAUACACCAUCAGUCGGAAAUCACAUUCCAAAGAAAAUCCCGGAAUCGUAUCAGAGGAGAAGGCGUACGAAUUGGAACCGGAUGAUCCAGCCCGAUCGGCUCUGGUACAAAUGCUGGCGACCGACACGAACAUAACAGUGGCGUUGCCGUACAUGAUGCCAAAGUUUUUGAAAGUGAAAAACAGUGGAGCUCUGAGACCCAUUCAUCAACUUAUUCCGGCAGCUGAUACUGACGACAGCGAAAAGAAUUAUCGCAACAUAACGCUGCGGUUGUUCCAGACCCAAACCAACAGCAGCAAUCCGUUGUUCUGGUGGGAAGUGAAGGAGAACUGUUCCGAUCCGUCGUAUGCCAUCUUUGCGAACAUGCCGUAUGCUGAUUGCGUGUCGCAUCUCGUGAUGUACAUGUUCAACGAUAAAAUCUUCCCGAGUACAAUCAGUUCAAUCGCUGCAGGAGGCAUCAUCGGUAUUUACUCGACAUUGAUUCUCGUUUUUUCGAGAAUGUUGCGCACCAGCAUUUUCUCCGGUGCAAGUUCAAAGAUUAUGUUCGAAGAUCUACCGUACGUGGAUCGUGUGUUGCAACUCUGUUUGGAUAUCUAUUUAGUGAGAGAAUCACUCGAAUUUACCUUGGAGGAGGAUCUUUUCGCCAAACUAAUCUUCCUGUACCGGUCACCGGAGACGAUGAUCAAGUGGACUCGGCCGAAAAACGAAGUAGGUGACGACGAUGACAGCGAUACGAUGAGUACGAGCUCCAAGUCACGUAAAAAGAAUGACUAAGCCUAAGUUUUACUUUCAUUGCUAAAGGUGAUAUUAUUGUGUAAGGGACAGUUGCCUACUUAUUAUGAUCAUAACGUUCGAUCUUUAAACAACUUCAUGUUUCUAUGUUUGGAAUCUCUACAUGAACUCAUUUGAAAAAUAGUUUGGAAUAUUUUUGUUGUGAACUGUAAAUUUUGAAUUAAGCACAUGAAAUAAAAUCUGGCAUUUGAUGAACUUGAUAGAGCGUGGGAAGAUUUGCACAAAAAGUAGAUACGUCCACGGAUGGAACAUUAGGAACAAAUUUGGUAACCGUCAGGAAUCUAGUCGAUACAAUGUUGAACGUUAAUUACAUUUUUCGAAGAUCAUAUUUUGCUUCGUCACAAAUCGAUUCCCAAAUGAAUUUAGUUUGAAGUUUUAGCCAUGUUACGAGAAACAAGUCAUUUGUAUAAUUCAGCACUAUAUUAGGAUAAUAGGCAUAUUUAUAAAGCUGGGAAAUCUAUUUUCGAGAACAAAGAAGUACAACGUGUACUUGAACUGAA